AUGGAGCUGCAGAGCCGACUGGUGGAGAAGCAGGGGGAGCUGAAACGGUUGAAGGCGGAAUACGAAGCCUUGCAGAAGCGGCAUGAGAAGGUGAAUGGGGACAAGGCAGCGCUUGACGUCAAGCUGACCGAGUCGGGGGCCGAUUGGGGCAAGAAAGCGAUUACCAAGGAGGCGCUGAGCAGGGCAACGGAGCUGCUGCACAGCUGCAAGCCGCAGACAGGCCCUGUAAUUUCCAAGAAGGUUCCCAGCUGGAAGGGCUACUCGUGUUCUGCUACAGAGCGUGAGCUACAGCGCUACAUGGACUUCGAGACGAGGGGCAUGUGCCCAGACGAUUGGCUGUUCGUCCAAGAUUUGAUUUUCCGCAAGCAGUGCCACUCGCUGCCCAAGAGGCGCUGCCUUGCUCGCACGGCACACAAGAUAGUGGAGCCCCUGUCAAGGCCAACGUCUCUCUUCUCCCAGUCAGCCCUUCAAGACGCCUCAGUGCGGUGGAACAGCCACGCCUUCUCCUCCUUCGCCUCCCUCAACGCCCUCUCCCCCUCCGCUCUCGCCACUGCCACGGCUGGCACGGGGGAUGCCUGCGGGCGGCAGCCGGGCGGCGGCGGUUGCUGGAACAUGAGCGCGGAGGAGAGGAGGUGGUUGGCUAAGCCGCCCAAGAACACGGCAGGGGGAGGGGCGCUUACUGUGAAGGAGGUUAUCGCAAUCAAGAAGGGGGCGCUGAGAAUCGGUCUGGACUUCAAUGGAGGCUCGGGAUCGUUCGCUGCGCACAUGGCUAGGCACAACGUGACCAUGAUGACGUCAGCAAUGAACCUUGAAGCCAACGUGGGGCGCAAAAAGGGUCUUCCCUUCCUGGAAACUAUCGCUCUCAGGGGUCUUGUUCCCAUCUGGCUUCCCUACAAGGUCCGACUGCCCUUCUACGACAACACUCUUGACAUUGUUCACGCCACCAACGCCAUCAAGUCUAUGCCAUCGCCUGCCGAAUUCGAAGAAGUCCUAUUCGAGUGGGACCGUGUGCUGAGAGUUGGUGGAGUGAUGUGGUUUGAGGAAUUCACCGCUUCGGCAGCAGAGAUGCCAUCCUACCUCUCAGUUCUAGAUCUGCUAAAGUACCGCCAGCUGCAUUGGAGCCUCACCCCCGCCAAGGCUAUGAUUGGCAAGCCUGCCGGCACAGUCAUCCUGCACUGCCUGCUCGAGAAGCCCAUGCGAAAAGAUUUGUAG